AGUUAUUUUUUGGAGUAUAGUCGGUUCUGUCAUUAUUAUUUAUCAAUGAAUUUUUUUUGAUAAAAAUCAUGAUACUUUUUAGGAAUUUCAUUUAAUUUUUUAUUCUUAAUCUGAUUCUCAUAUAAAGCAAUCUUUCUGAUUAUAAUUCAGGUGUAGUUGAAGCUAUUUAUUCACUUCUUUUUAAUGUUUCCUUGAUAAAUUCGAUGUCGGCUAUUACAGAACCUUUCCGGUCCAAGGUUUUGUCGACAAUUCCAUCGGAUACAUUAAUGUUAACCAACGAAACGGAGGGAAAUGUUGGUUUCAGUGAUCUACCGAAUCAAAUUCACCGUAAAACCAUCAGGAAAGGGUUUGAAUUUACCCUCAUGGUUGUAGGAGAAUCUGAAUUGGGAAAAUCGACACUGGUCAAUUCAAUGUUUUUAACUGAUAUUUAUUCAGAUGAAUAUCCUGGACCAUCCAAAAGGAUUAGUAAAACCGUUGAUGUUCAGGCAACCAAAGUGAAUUUGAAAGAAAAAAAUGUUAAUUUAUCAUUAACCAUUGUGGAUACUCCUGGUUUCGGUGAUUCACUCGAUAAUACUGAUUCAUGGCAAAAAAUUAGUCAAUAUAUUGAGGAUCGAUUUGAGGAAUAUCUAAACGAAGAAACAAAACUUCACCGAACUCAUGUUCCUGAUAAUCGUGUACAUUGCUGCUUGUAUUUCAUACUACCUCGUGUAACUUUAAGAGCAAUAGAUAUAGAGUUCAUGAAAAAUUUACAAGAUAAAGUCAACAUAAUACCAGUGAUUGCCAAAGCUGAUACCUUAACAGCUGAAGAAUGCCUACAAAUGAAGAAAAAUAUUUUGAGUCAAAUAGAUUUGCACAAUAUCAAAAUUUAUGAAUUUCCUGAUAGCGAUGGCGAAGAAGAUACUAAAUUACUGAAACAACUCAAAGCUCGUAUGCCUUUCGCAGUGAUUGGCAGUAAUUAUGUUAUAGAUACACCAAGUGGUGGUCGAAAACAAGCUCGAAAAUAUCCUUGGGGAACUGUUGAAAUUGAUAAUUUGGAACAUUACGAUUUCACGGCUCUCCGCACGAUGCUCAUUAAGUAUUACAUGCUUGAUCUUGUCGAUACAACAAAUAAUGUUCAUUACGAGAACUAUAGAUGUCGAAAAUUAACUGGAAUAGGAUCUGAACAAAUUAACAAUGAAAAUUCGAAUCCGUUAGCUCAAAUGGAAGAAGAACGUAAAAUCUCAGAAGCUAAUUUGAAAAGAAUGGAGCAGGAUAUGGAUCAUGUUUUUGAAACCAAAGUUAAAGCUAAAGAGCAAAAACUCGAAGAAAUGGAAGGAGAAAUAAACCGUUUUGACGAACAAAAUCGCAAAGUUCGUGAGCAGGAAUUACAAGAAUUGGCUGAUAAAAGAGCUGCCUUUGAGAAGGAAAGAGAUGCCUUUGAAUUAAUCAUACGGCACAUGGAAGAGAUGAAAAGGAUCGCUGCGGAUACAAUUAAUAAAGAAACAAUUGAACCAAAGGAAAAAAAGAAAGAAAAGAAACGUUUGUUUUAACCAAUAUUUCAUUGGAAUCAAAAUUCAUCAAGUCAUUAUAUCAAUACAAUUGGUUUUUAUCACAAGGAUAAAUAAGCCAACGUUACAAAACAAGAAAAUCAAACACAAGUCAUGUUCAUUUUAUCUAACAAUCGAGUCACUUUUUAGUUAUUUUUCACUUUCAAUCAUUCAUACUUUUAAUCAUAGUUAUUCAUUUCUAACUAUACCUAAACCCAAAGCUCGCUGCUUGUCAUUUAAAGUAAAUAAUUAUCUUAACAAUUUUAAUACGAAGUUGAAUGACUCAUUCAUAUCAUUAUAUCCAGUGUGACCGACUAAUUAUAAACAAUUGGUUUCAUUCAUUCUCAAGUAGACUAUAAGCAGCCCACUCUGGCACACUUGGACUUUGCUGGACUGUGGUCUGCUUAUAGUCUACUCAUACAUGUUGCGAAUCUUUGGACUUCUUUUUGGUUUGUAUUAUUAUUUCUUGAUGGGGCGUUAUGCUGUUCAAGGAUUUUCAUAACCUCUGAUUUACUUUUCGAACUUAAUAUAUCUCUUGCCAAAUAACCUGUUAUUUAUCGUCUUUUACUCAUAAUUCACGAAAUUGCAGUCUUGGCUCAAUUCAAUUGUAAAAGAUUGCAAAGUGAUACUAAUUGAUCUGAUGAAAAUUUUUUAUUUCUUAAGUAAAGGCGUAUUUAAUUUGAAAA